AUGAACCCCGAUGCGAGUUUGAUUACUGCGCUCGUAGAGCGGUGGCGACCCGAGACGUCGACCUUCCAUCUACCGUGUGGUGAGAUCACGAUCACGUUAGAGGACGUUGUUACACUGUCCGGUUUGGCGAUCGACGGUGAUGCCGUCGUAGUUGAUAUACCGGAUGAGGAGUGGUCGGCGAUCUGUUUGCGACUGUUAGGACGGGUUCCUUAUGAUCUUGUAGGCGGGGUCGCUGUUGUUAGGAUUACAUGGCUGAGGGUUGAAUUCAGCCAUCUAUACAAGGUCCAUAAGCCCAGAAUACUCGCUGAAAUAUCAAAUGACCUGGUUGAGUCGAAGGAACUCUUACCCAAUCAAUCACCGAUGUUGGCAUUUUUCUCUUGA